UAGCAACAGAUGCUUGGCUGAGCUGCAACAUGCUGGCAACCGACCUGCCCCAGCAGACACGAGAACUCCCUGCUUUUAAUCACCAGGAGAGCUAAACCCAGCAGCGUCCUGCUGCUGAUUCUUCCCUGCAGAGAAAACUGUCUGCUGCCUACAAGCUUCGAAGCUCACUUUCUUACAAAGGGAAGAGCAGCCUGACAUACAACUCACUGUAAAUGCAGACUUUUUGAUGUUUGCACUUGUAAAAGUGACUAAAGUCCUGCUUGAUUCCACCCCAUAUGCACAGCAGCUCUUGGAAGGACUUGUUUUCCUUUUCCUUUUUUUUUUCUCUUUUUAACCUGUGCUCUCUCAGGUCCACAGUCACUGGUGAAUUCAGCUCCUUUGCUGACAAUGAACACCACACACUUUGCAUUCUCAUUUCAGCCCGUGCUGCUUAACAUCACUGAAGACUUCAACGACUCCAUCCUGAACAACAGGAGUGGCAAUGGAUUUUGCGAGCAGGUGUUCAUCAAAGCUGAGGUCUUCUUGACUUUAGGGAUCAUCAGCCUCCUGGAAAACAUCCUUGUCAUUCUGGCAGUGCUGAAGAAUGGGAACCUGCACUCUCCCAUGUAUUUCUUCCUCUGCAGCCUGGCUGUGGCAGAUAUGCUGGUGAGCAUGUCGAACGCCCUGGAGACCGUCAUGAUUGCAAUCCUCAGCAACGGCUACCUGAUCAUCGACGACCACUUCAUCCAGCACAUGGACAAUGUUUUUGACUCAAUGAUUUGUAUUUCUCUGGUAGCCUCCAUUUGCAACCUCUUGGUCAUAGCCAUUGACAGGUAUAUCACUAUUUUCUAUGCCCUCCGUUACCACAGCAUCAUGACGGUGAAGAAAGCCCUGACUCUCAUUGUGCUCAUUUGGGUGGCUUGCAUCAUCUGUGGCAUCAUUUUCAUUGCCUACUCGGAGAGCAAAACUGUCAUUGUGUGUCUCAUCACCAUGUUCUUCACCAUGCUGCUGCUCAUGGCCUCGCUGUACGUGCACAUGUUCCUGUUCGCCCGCCUGCACGUCAAGCGCAUCGCGGCGCUGCCCGUCGAGGGUGUGCCCCCCCAGCGCACCUGCAUGAAGGGCGCUGUCACCAUCACCAUCCUCCUGGGGGUCUUCAUUGUCUGCUGGGCACCCUUCUUCCUCCACCUCAUCCUCAUCAUCUCCUGCCCCAUGAACCCCUACUGCAUCUGCUACACCGCGCACUUCAACACCUACCUGGUGCUGAUCAUGUGCAACUCGGUCAUUGACCCGCUCAUUUACGCCUUCAGGAGCCUGGAGAUGAGGAAGACUUUCAAAGAAAUCGUGUGUUGCUGUUAUGGCAUGAGUGUGGGACAGUGCAUGCUGUGAACACCUGGCUUUGGGUGGAAAAAACACGCCACAGGUGUAUAAGUAUAAAUAUAUAUAUGUAUAUAUUGAGAUACAGAGCAGUUCACUUUAAAUGCAGUGCCUGAAGGAAGGGUGCAGGAAAGACAAAAGCCUUCUACAUGAUGCCUUGUUUCCUACUUUUUAGAGUGAAAACCAAUUUCAACUGAAUUAUUUGAAGUUUUUAAAAUAGUUAUAACGGAAGGAAAUCCAGAGUGGCUUACAAAACAGCUUCAAAAACUUACUGGGAAAAAUGAAUCCUGAAAGGGACUGCCAUCUUCUAGAGACUGAGAUAAUUUUCCCUCUAGCAUUCAUUUGUGCCUGUUGCUUUAUCUCUGUGCCACUGCCAACGAGCCGGUGCUUUCUAAAAGAUUUCUUUAGUAACCUCUGUGGAAAGCUAUUUUUCAAAACACCAACAGGUAACAGCAUUGUUCUACACCCACACCUCUGCCUUUUAAUGAAAGAAUAGAUUGACAUUUUUGCUCCUUGCCAUAAAGCAGCCUGAGUACAAUUUUCAAAGGGUGAAAGCAAACAUUUCUCUUGCACUGAAAUCAGUUAUCACUACAGGAUCGGUGACAGUGUGACUUCAACAGCUGCCUGAUAGGAUUGACUCAUGUGAAGGCUUUUACAUUAUUUGUUGUGAUAUAAGAGUAUUAUAUCCUUGAAUUUUUAAUUAUUUUUUUAAAGCUGGAAGGCACUGAUCAAUGUGGUAUUUGCUAAGUUCAUAAAAAGUCACAGAAGUCUUCUUUUGAUAAAUCCUCACUAAUGAGACCCACAGAUCUGAAUAUCAGAAAGAGCCAAAAUGCAAAAUACCUUGAAUGUAGCUUUGUGUAAAAGCUGCAGGGAGUCAUUAGAAAUGUCCACCUGUAAGUUCAGCACCUGGAAGAAAUCAGAUGUGUGUGGCAGAGAGGACUUUGUGCAUUGAGAAAUAAUGUCCUGGGACAGUGUCUCCUUACUUCAGCUUUACACUGCACUCAGGGGCUGGAUCCUCCUGCCCCGGGAACAGGAGAGCACCAGGGCUGUUUGCCAUCCUUUUUGCCAUCCUUUCCCAACCCUGUGUGUGUCACUGGCAUGAAAAGAAGCACCUGCAGCUACAAUAGUUUCGUCUUUGCCUCUGCUUUCUGCAAGAAUAAACCCUGUGGGUGGCCUUCAAACAGCACAUCAUCCCUGAGCAAAGGCUGCUGCAGCUUGUGCUCGACACAGGCACGGGCAGUGGCACUCACAGUGCCAGGCUGAGAACACUCUGAGCCAUCCUAAAGGCUGCUACCACCUUUCUGGUACCUGCUUUUAGGAGGGGAGGUAUCCCCAAACCCUUAGAGUUGUCUGAUUCUUUCAAACAUCUAAAAGAUCUUAUUUGACUUAAAACUCUUUUAUUCCCCCCACCUUCUUGUUUCGGAGUUGCUGGGUUGAUUAUAUUAUUAUUAUUAUUAUUAUUAUUAUUAUCAGAGUUAUUUCUGGGGUUUGCCUCUGCCAGGUGAGAAACUGUUCCUGCAGCCCAGAGCUCCCCCAGCUCCUGUGCCCCCAGCUCUGCCCCACACUGGUGCUGGUGUUUCAGUGCCAGUGGCUCCAGACCCAGCCCUGCUGCCCGUGGGGAGUCACAUUUCACACUUUGCACAUCCUGGCCUCUGUUUGAUCCUCAGCAUCCGACAGGGAACAGCCCCAUUUCCCAAUCCUAUGGGCUGUAUGGUUUUCCUGGGGCCAAGAACCACCUCUCCCCAGGCUCCAGCCACACUCUGCCCAUCAGCACAACCAACCUCACGUUCCCUAUUCCUCCUGUCCUCUGAUCACACCCUGAAUUCCCUGAGUUCUCACUUCCUCCCAUUAUCACAUCCUCCAGGCUUCCCCCUUUCCAACACUCUGUUCCAACACUUACCUAAUCCUAUAACCCUUAAUUUAAAAAAGGCUAAAUUUUUAAAAAAGCAAAACCAAGAUCACUGUGGAGCAGAACAGGCACAAAUGAAAAUUCUCCCCAUUUCAGGAUGAGACCAAAGAAAAUCCCCCCAGCUGGCAAAGCCAAAUGCUUUCAGCCUUAUCUGUGUGUCACAAACCCCAGCUGAGCAGUCCCAAGAUGUGCUCUGUUAGCCCAGCCUGUCGCACUUUGCAGCAUCUGAUGUGGGGCGCGGAGAUGAAAUCAGCACAGGGAACCACAGAACUCUGGUGGCGUGCAAAGACUGUGCGUAGCUGUUGUAAAAAAUCUCUGCCUGUUCUCAGUGUUCUGUAUUUUACACUCUGGAGCAUGGUUUGCCAUGAUAUUCCGCCUCAGGUCGUUGUGGAUUUAGCUCUUGUUGCACCUCAUGUCCUACUUAUUUCUCUGAUGUCCUACUUCUUGCUCUUUUAAAAGCAACAAGACUGAUUCAUACCGUGCUUUGCCUUUAAGCGAAACAUACUCUGCUGAAUAAAAUCUGAAGAGAUCACUGAUAA